CGGGGUUCCGUGGCCCCGCGUCCGAGUCAGGUUGGUCGUUUUCCCGGACUUCUUUAGACUCAAGAGGCCUACUACGCAAAUGGCCCUGGCCAUGCAGAUUCGCGCAUACUUGUUUGCUCGUCCCUCGUUUCUCCAACACUUUGUCUACAGGGCGCCGCUAUCGUACCGAGGCAUGUCUUCGAAAGGAUCUAUCACUGUUCAUCAACUCGCCCAGACGGGUUUCGGCAAAGGCACCAAUGAACUCUACGAUCGUGCCCGCCCCUCAUAUCCUUUGGAAAGUCUUACCCACAUCAGAGGCGUAAGCAAUGCACCCUCUAUCAACAUAGUCGAGAUCGGGUCUGGCACAGGCAUCUUCACCCGUGCUCUGCUCGCCCACCCGAGCUGGACCACAAGCAUAUCAGAGCUCCGUGCUAUUGAACCGAGCGAUGGCAUGCGCGAGGUAUUUUCAAAGACAGUGACCGACUCUCGGGUUAUCGUGCAGAACGGCACGUUUGAUACGACCGGGGUCGAAGAUAGCUGGGCCGACCUCAUUGUCAUUGCCCAGGCAUUUCACUGGUGUCCGGACUACGACAAGGCCGCUGCUGAAUUUGCUCGUAUCCUCAAGAAGGGCGGUGCAGCAUGCAUGAUCUGGAACUUGGAGGAUAGGGAUGGUGCUCGCUGGUGCGCCCAGUUGCGUGAGCGCAUCGAGCAACACGAAGCCGGGUCGCCGCAGUUCCGCCUGGGCCUCUGGCGGAAGCUCUUUGAUACGCCAUCUUAUGGAGCCUCGUUUCAGCCGCCGGAGGAGAAGCAAUGGGAAUACCACCUCGAGGGCUCGCUUGAUAUCUGCACGAACCGUGCGCAGAGCAAGAGCUACAUCGCUGUGCUUCCUCCCGACGAGAAGCAGCGUGUGGUGGACGAUAUCGUGGCCAUAUUAAACAGAGGGAACGAUAAGAAAUGGAUAGAUGAAGAGAAGGGCAUCUUUGAGUAUCCGUACAAAACCUACUUGGCGGUUUGUAGAAAGAAGGACUAGAGCUAGACGUAGCUUGGUGUAUGCCUGCAGGGCCGAAUAGAUCCGAAGGCUCUUUCGGGGUCCUGUCGGCGUUAAGCACUUAAGCAAAGACAGUGCGUCAUGAUUAGGGGGAACCAAUUAUAUAUACCUUGCAACUGUAUGUUAUGAUCGGACGACUGUCGGACAACGAGAUGUCUUGAAUGCAUGCUUAAC